GUGUGUGUGUGUGUGUGUGAGAGAGAGAGAGAGAGAGAGAGAGAGAGAGAGAGAGAGAGAGAGAGAGAGAUUUCUCAGCUAUAUUGACAUUUUUACAGAUCUCUCUCGCUCUCGUUUACGAACCCUCGCGUUAGCCAUGGGUCUUUGGGAAGCUUUGCUCAAUUGGCUUCGAAGCCUCUUCUUUCAGCAGGAAAUGGAGCUUUCUUUGAUAGGGCUGCAGAAUGCAGGAAAAACAUCCCUUGUAAAUGUCAUUGCAACUGGUGGAUACAGUGAAGACAUGAUACCAACUGUGGGAUUUAACAUGCGGAAAGUGACUAAAGGAAAUGUGACUAUAAAAUUGUGGGACCUUGGAGGUCAACCCAGAUUCCGCAGUAUGUGGGAAAGAUACUGUCGUGCAGUUUCUGCUAUAGUGUAUGCAUCUAUCUUCAGCUUAUUUAAUUACAUUGUGUAGAUGUUAAUAUUCCUU